GUCCCACUGUACCUACAGCCUCUCACCUCACACUACUCUACUCUAUUUCUCCGCUUCGCUUGGAAGGCCUCUAGAUGUUUGAGCAGAAGAAACAACUGCUUGGAUUGUCGUCUGUCGAUGAGUUCUGCUGUGUUUGUCGCUCCUCUAUUUUCUCCCUUACACAGCCUGGCACAAACAUUUAACUGUGAAUACUUCUCGGCUGGCCAAGAAUGCGCGCUAACUUAUUUUUUCCUCCCUUCAGCAAGUGGGAAGAGUUGACGAGAUUUGACGAGGCAGGCAGGAGCCAGGCUUCAGCUGCUCAACUUUGUUUUCAAAAUGUCAGCGUUUAGAGUGAGAGAAAAAAAAAACAACAGGUUGAAUUGCAUGAAGAGGAAAAUGAAUCUGUCAACUGCACAGUUCAAAGGGCUUUUGAAUCCACACCACGUGAGGUCGCCAAAAUGUCGGGACGAUUUCCUUUUGUGAGGGGACUGUAAUGACUUGAUGAAAAAGUUUGUUUUUUUAAUCGUCUGCAUGCAACUGUGCAUUGUUGCUCGACAAGUGACAUGCCAUUAAAUUGAAAACCGAUCUGUUUACAAGGGAUUUUUCUCUGAGCUUCCCCCUGUGAAUUUUUUUAAACUGACUAUACCAGUGAUGUGCUGCACACAGACUUGAAACAUUGCUCAAGAAGUCCUACUGAUUGGACGAAGCGAUGAUUAAAACCACGGCAGACCUUUGCCAACCUCACUGAUGACAAGGACUGCGCAUGACGGUUUCAAUACAUUAAGCUCAAAUUGGCGAUUAAAGAUAAUCUCUAAAAUCCUCUCGACUGGAAACUAACUUUGCUUCAGCUUGCAAGAGUGAACGCUCGUGCCAAUCCUCAUCUUGAGAGUGACACCAGUGUAUGUUCGUCUUUUUCUCCCCUCGGGGAUCUGCUGAUAGACAUGUUUAUGCUCCUGCAUUCUUGGUGACAGCUGCUAUGAUUAAAUCGACGGGUGACUCACCCCCGGACGACAUCUUGUGACUUUAUCCUAUGCAAACGACGCUUGCGUGCGCCUGCGAUAUACACAUACAUAAAAACAACCUCCUUCGGACAGCACGGACUGACAUCUCUCUCACAUUCACAGGCAUCUCGCUGUGAACUUUACACAGAGAGUGAUUUCAACUCUGUAUGGACAUCAUUGAAAAUCUCCACAUUCUACAAACUGGAAUUUUUGGAAGCUGAAAACUUUGUUGGACCAUAAGGUCUUCUUUUUCUGUCUUCAGCUGUGAAGUGUACACAGUUAUUCUACCAGGAUAUGUUUGCAUCGCAAACCGGAUUCGUCGAAUCAUCAGAAAAACUUGUUUGUAGGAUGAGGGUCAGGUCAGUUAGUGGUCAGCUGAGUACAGGAUAAGGACAUCAGAGAAGUGUCUGUUACCUUUCAUGGUUUCACUCAUGUUGAAUGCCGAUGAUUCGAACAAAAUAGUUUCCCUGCAAGAACAGUGAUUGCUACUUUUUUCCAAAAUGGAGGUUGACGAUUUGAGGACCCAGAGAGGGGCAUCAAUCGAACGAGGUGAAUCUUUCGAAGUUGAAGAACAUCAGAGAGUCAAAAUUUCCCGGCUGCUGGGAGGAAAGCCCCGCGGGGAGUAUCAAACUGCCAUUUCCGGUUUUCAUAGCACAUUUUCUGCGUCUGUGCUGGAAGAUGAAGAAGAGGGACAUGAUGGCAGCGACCAAAGUGAAACUGUAGCUGAUGGACUUUGGAACAUGAAUAAAACCAUUUCUGAUACAGAUCUUCGGCUUGGUAUUGAGGUGAAACAAGGUACCUGACAACACCGCAGACGACAGGUUUCAAACCUCUCGAUGGAGCGACACCAGCGAUGUGCUUAUUGACAGCAGGCAGAAGGAAAACUGGUGUGAAACGAACAAUAGUCUAUCUUUUCACCAAUCUUCGAGCAAAGAAACCUGGUUUGGUGAAAAAGAUGUGAAUGGGUUUGAUCAACCAUCUGAAAGUGAUGACUGGUUCAAAGAAAAAGAUGGACACAUGCCAUGGUCGCAUGCCUAUGAUUACGAGACGAAUGUCCAAGAAAGUAAAGGUGACAACUCACUUUCCUGGAAAAUUGGACAUUCGAAGGACGGUGACAGCAUUCCUUCUGAGUCUACUUCUGACAUGUUGGGUGAAUUUUAUCUUCCAUUCGACCCUGAUAGCCUGAGUGCUGCUAGUGAUUCCAUUGCUGCUAAGGCAGGUGUGUUGGAAAUGUCAGGGAAAGGGCCUUCUGUAGAGAGGGGCGAAUCUUUUGAGAUUUCAGAGAGCACCAAAAUCAGGUCACAAGUCUUGAAAGAGGCUGGUGACAUGUCACAUUUCCGGGUGUCAUUUGAUGGCUUCACAUCAGAGCAACAUUCCAAUGACAAUAAUGAGGAAUGGGGAAAUGAUUUGUCAGGGCUUCGAGCCAAUGUUGUGAGCGGAAGUGAUGAUACAGUCCAAACCAAAAACGAAUGGAAUGAUACUACACAGAAUAGAGACACUGCAUUGUGGGAUGUGAGAUGGCACAACGGUGAAGUGGAAGACAGCAGUGUGUUGACUUCUGAGAAUUCAACUCGUCCGGUCACGCUUGAGCACACAGAGCUUCUUUCUACCACAAGCGAAGAUUUGACUCUUCCAGAUGAUUUUGCGGUUGAAGGACAACCUCUUGAAACAUACUUUGAAAAGACUCCAAAUCCUUUUGGAUCCGACAUACAAGGAACAGCAAAUCCGGAAUACGAAUGGAAAGACGAGGAAGACAAGACAGAAAAUUCAGACAAAGUUCUUUUGUCUAAUGACUUUUCGGUCACCAAAGAGCACGAAGCUGACGAAGGUAUGUUGCCUUUUUUUGAAACUAGUUCCAAAGCAUUGUCUUCUUUCUCCUCAUUGGAAAGGACGGACUCGUUGGACACAUCACCCUCCAGAAGUCUCAGCUCUAAACCUUACUUCCAUGCUGGUGCAGGGGGGUUUGAAACAUCAUUUCACGACCCGUUUCUUGACGACGAGAAUCCUGGUGCAAACAGUAAACCAAGAAAUAUUUAUGAAGACAAUAUCCUAGAAUUUAAAGGAGAUGAUUCAUUGGACAUGUUUCUUAAGGAAACAGUUCCAUGCAUUGCAGAAAAAACUAGUAAGCUUAGCAAAGAAGAAAUGGGAUAUAACUCUGUGGAAAAUGAAACAACAAUGGAUGAAGAAAGGGAACAUCGGUUUCAUUCUGAUCAAGCAUCCGCCGAUGAGUAUUCUGACACCCAGAGCACCAGAUUUCAGGAGGAAAUUAAGACCAUAGAAGAUGGUAUAGUCGACAAUAUGAGUUCGUCUGUACCGUACACGAGACUUGAAGAUUUUGAAGACGAUUCGGUGUCAAGGAACUUUCAAGAGCUUGAAACUGUCGUGCCAACCCAAGAAGGCAUCAAUCCACUGGGAUACUCUUUUGAGUUCUUAGACUUGUCACUGCAAAAACCUGUGGUCGACAAAUCAAAUGAUUUCCUUCACGAACAGCGCAAAGAAACAGAAGAACAUUCAGAAGACGAGGAAAUCCAGUCGAUGGAACAUUCUGAAGCUGAUGAUGAGGCUGGCGAAGAAGAGACAACAGAUUUCUUACCCAGGCAUGAGCGCGUGCCAUCGAGCUAUUCCGUAGAAAGGAUGGAGUCUUUCGAAACGACCACACCCGGCCUGAUUCGAUCUUCAAAAAUACCUGGUGGAGGAUUUCAUACUUCAUUCCAUUCCUUGAUGACAGACGAUCAGGAGAAAGGCGCGGGUGGGUCACCAGUGGACCUUCUAGUUAACCUGGAUUCUCAUGCUUCCUCUUCCUACAAGGAUGUUUUCAGGGAUGAACUGAGCAAAAAAGAAAACAUCAAAACAAAUACUAAUGACAGCGAUGGCUGGCCCUCAGCAACAGACUUGCAGGAUGAAACUGUAGAUGUCUCAUAUCAGCCACCAAUAUACAACUUGACUCACUCGAAUGAGAUGAUAAAUGGUGAUGAAACAUCUGCUGCAAUGGAGGCAGACACUGACCUGCUUCUCCUUACCAUGUCUUCUUCAAAAACAGCUUCACCUGCAAUGGCAGUGCACACAGAACUGAAAUCUGACGAAGAUAUAUUUCCUUUUCUUGAAAGUGGUUCCAAAACAUUAUCUUCUUUUCGCUCUUUGGAAAGGAUGGAAACUUUUGACACAUCGCCCCCCAAAACUCUCAAAUAUCAGGCCAAGCAUUACUUUCAUGUUGGUGCUGGGGGGUUUCAAACAUCAUUCCACAACCAGUUUCUUGAGGACGACAAUCUUGAUGAAAACAAACAGCUAGGAGAUAUCGAAGCGAAAAUUGUUGACAAAGAUGACUUGGUACCAGCACAAGAUUUUCAGGUGGUUGCCGAGACAGCUGAACCCUCACAUCAGUCACCUAGCAGCUCAGCUCCAUUGUAUCCUCAGGGAACUAGUGACGAAGAAUUAGUAUUAAUGCCGACAGAGGCAUUUGAUAACCUGAGUUCAGCUAAUACAAAACAUCAUAGAAAUCCAUUUCUUCUCACAGAUUCUUCUGACAGUUUUUUCAGCCUCGCACAAAUGGAGUCCGAACAAGAAAAUUCAGCUCCCUCCAGCGAGUUGUUCAUCCAGGCAAAAGAGCAGUCGAAAGCAGAAGAAAUUUACCAAAUCUUUUCUUCUCCUGAACAAGUCCUUGCAUCUUCGGGGACAGCGCAAACAGACUUGGAGGCGAUAUGGUCAACUUCUGGAAACGAAGAACUCUGUGUUCUUGACGAUCGCUCUCAGCAGCUUGGUCAAGAAGCAAACACCACCGAGAAUUCAUCUAACAAAAUGAUCGAUGACUCACUGCACCCCCUGCAAUAUUCUCUUGGCAAGGAAGAUAAAGAAUAUUAUUUUGCCAGUAUUGGCCACGCCUACAUGGAACUCAGAAAAGACAUUAGCGCCACACCCAAGCCGAACACAAACCCUUUCCUUGAAGAUUACGAUGAGAAAACUGUGAACUAUGCCAACAGUGUCGGAGAGAACACACCAGAAGCUUUCAAUACUACCAAGGAAUUGGAAGACAGAACCUUUAAACAUGAAACAUACGAAGGUGAAGAAACAACAAACUACCUUCAUUCAACAGAAGAAGUUGGCACACUGUCCUUACAAGACAGCUUCAGCGGAAAGCCCAGUUCUCUUGACCUGCGAAGAAGUCUUUUCAAGAACAAAGGACACCUGAGAGGUGCUCCGACUGACGAUUUCCUUCAGAGGAACAGCAAUGAGCCCCAGCUGUCUGACCUCACACAGGAGAAUGAAGCUAAUUCCCUGACACUAAACUUGUCCAGGACCAAUCCAUUCAGAGAAGGUGCUGAUCUUCAUCCACUGGCAGAAGCAGAUACUGAAUCCACGUAUCAGUCAUACGGAUUCCCUCUGGAUGAAUCGCCUGUGAAAGACAUUUAUGAAGGAUUUGAUAGUAUCAAGGAUCAUCCUGAUUUCUUUCCUAGUGAGGAAGCAAAAUCCUCGCACGACUUUGAGAACAAUGCUGGUUGUUCUGAAGAUGAAACGACAGCAUUUGGUGCAUGCAGAAAACUGAGUUUUGAGGAGAGGCUCUCUCUUGAAAAAGAUGAGGCACAGACAGAAAACAUCCUGGUGUCACACCUACUCAUUACACAUGAAAAUGUUACUGGUGCGCAGUCUGAUAAUAUCACGAGCUCCCCAAUCAACCCAUGCUCUGAUGAUGAUGUAGAUGAUGGUGUCGAUAGCAAAGAUGUUGCUGAUUACAACAGUGACCAUGAUACUCAUAACACAAGUGAUGAGGAUGCUGUUGAAGAUGGUGAUGUUACAGUUGUCAAACAGGACAGAUCAUCUAGUUCUUGCACAGACAUUCCAGUGGAAGAAGAUUUUAAUUCCAGCUCUGAUAGGAGAGAGGAGUGGUCUGCUGGCUCCACAUCGGCGGACCAGCAAAGACUGUCACGUGACUCUCAAACAGUGUCUGAAAUGACCAGGAGGUACAGCGUGGACAACUCUCCUUCCAGUUCCUUUGAAUACACCUUUCAAACAAGUGCUGCGCUGAAAGAAGUUGAAUACAACUACAGGCAAUGGUCGCAAGAAAUUCAGCAGGAAACACUUCCUGAGAGUCGACAUGUGGAUGGAACUGAUUUCAUGUCGUCUGAGUGGCUGAACCCAGCUGCUGGCGAUGGCCACUCUUCCUCGGACAAUACAAGAAAAGCUCGAGCCUCACGCGCAGAAUCCAGCGAGGCAACAGACGACUUUGACGAUGACUCUGUCGACGAAAACGAUGCAACUGAAAGUGAGUAUCUGUCAGAAGACCCCAAGACUCCGGAAGUCGAAACACGGGGUUGGGGUGUGAAUACGAAAUCUUUGAGUGACAGGAUCACAGAAUGCGAGGAUGCCUUUAUUUACUCCUCAAUUCCAAAAGAUCAGCAGAAGUAUGAUAACACUGAUGAUGAUUAUUCUGCUUUUGAAAAUGAGAGAGAGGCUGGCAUGACGGAACUGAUGAGUAGUAAACCCGGACUGCAAGCAAACAUUGAUGAAAACCCUUUCUUUGCCAGUGACGAAUUUGUACAAGAGGAUGUACCUGUCAUGACUGGAACACUGGAUGUUCCUUUUCAACCAUCAGACACCAUCUCUCAUUUCAAACAAACUCAUCAAGAUGAGUCAUUCCCACACGAGUUCUCUCCUGCAUCUGAAGUUCACAACAAUGAACCCGAGUUUAUGGAGACAGUGAUGGAAAGGUUCGAGGCUCAAGAAGCAUUAAAUGAUCAAUUGUUUCUUUCACCUCAGGCAAGGUUUGAACCUGAAACAUCUUCAUUGUCAAUAGGAGCUUCUUUUGCCCCGGUGGUCCAGCAGGACCUCAGUCCUUUCACUCCUGUAGACAGUGAAAUCUCAGUCAGCAUGAGUUCUUCAACUGCCCGACAUGUCUCAACAGACACUGAGAUCUCUGGGGAAGACACUGGGGAAAAGAGUAGCAAUCGUGAGGAAACUCAGGAUACAGAUAGCUGUGAGGUCGAAUCUCCUCAGCUCUCCCCCGUGGUCGCAGCGGAAGUCAAGCUUGACGAUACGAACACUUUCUCGGAGGCAGCCUACAUGCAGUUCACUCAAAAACUAGAGUCACUGACCGCGGAAAGGAUUUUUGAUGAGACGGCUACGAAUGAGAAUGGUGAAGCAUCAGUAGCAGGCCUAAGCACGGAGCUACCCCUGGUGGCAAAUGUGCCUCCCAACAGCGCAGCUGACAGCGUGACAGACAGCGAGGCAAGUGGCCUGGCCCGCGACGACAACGAUGACGACGACGGCAAGGAAAAGGGAUAUGACGAGGACGAUGUCUUCGUAGUCUCAACUGGGGUGCAUGGAGACACCUCCAGCGAGGACAGACGGGUGUCUUCUUUGUCUCAUUCCUCACGCUCUACUUCCACUUCCGGGUCACACUCGGGGUCGCGACGGUCGUCCUCGGAUACCGGCCACGCUGAGGUUUGGCUGCCAGAUAGGGAUGAGGAGACUUCAGAACUGCUUUCGUCUAUGAGGGAGGGCAGUCUCGAGAAUUCGCGUGCAGUUGUAGAGGAAGGGUACGACGGGUUUGUCCCGACCGAGGAGAGGGCAAGGUCUCGAGCUCACGCCAGAGCGAGGCCGGAGCUUUUGAGCAGCACGAGCUGGUCUACCUCCGAGCAAGAAGACGACGAGCAGCCGCAAAUGCACGCGCCUAGACAGCGCCGCAGUCUAGGCGUUGAGCUCGAGGCGGUCGUCAACGCGGAUUUGUGGCGAGCUUAUGAGGCUGAUGAUGAUGCUACAUGUUCUGAGCGGGACUUGCCUCUCGCUGCAGGCAGGCUGGUUCAAACCCCACCAGAAAGUGAGGACAUUCACGAGGACGCCCUGUCGCAGGAGAACCACGCCCUCAGUCGACACCAGGCUGAUGACAUUUCAGAUGCCACAGACAAUGACCUGAACCUCCUCUCAAGCUCGUUGGUGUUCCAUCGGAGCCGUUCCUCAACAGAUGACUCCCCUGUUGUCGAGGAUAGUGUGGAGGAAAGUACAAGACUUGUGAACUUUUACUCACCUGCUUACAAAACAGAAACAAUUUCAGAAGACAUCCAGCGAAACAUUGAAGGAAAUCUGCUGGUGACAACACCAGCACAAGACGAACCCAAGAGCGUCCAUGGCUUGAGGCGAGAAGAAGACCUACCUGAAGAAGAUAACAUUUCUUCAAACUCUUCAGAAAGCGAGGACUUAACCAACAAAGUAGAGAAAGAGGAAACAAUCGUGUCUUUUGAAAGCCCUGAUUUCGAAGCUUUUAUACUUCAUCGCACUCAAGAAGUGACUGGCUUUGAAGAGAAGGGGGACGCACCAAGCACCGCUGAAACAUGGGGCAUCACGGAAAACAGUGCCCAGAGGACAGAAAAUUUUAACCGAGCAUUUGAAGAAUCUGAAUUUUAUGAAGCAAAGAUGGCAGCCGAGAAGGAAAGAUCGAUUUUAUUGGAAGAAAAAGACAGGGAGCGUCCAUGGUCUAGUGUUGACGACGAUAUGGCAUUCCUGGAAUCCGGAUAUGAUGAAAAGCGCUCACCCAACACUUUCCUUCACAUCUCAGAAAGAAAGCCAAGUGAUUCAACUUCGACUAGCUCACACCAGACCCUAUCAACCACCGGAACACCUUCCAUAGACGAACUGAGGGGAAGCUUGGGGCAGCUGGACAUUCAGGACCUGAGCAUCUUCACAGAGUCAGAUAGUCGGGUCUGGUCAGACGAGAAAAGUCCCACGAUCGAACGACAAGUAGGGUUGAAAUUGGGAGAUGAGGAGCGACAUCUGGAGCACAACUUCGACAUCAUGGACCGAGCUGAACUUCUGAGUGUAAAUGAGACUUUUGCAGAGCCACCACCUACAAGUGCUGAUGAUCAUGGCCUGGUUACAUCAGAGGCCCGGAUGAUGCUGGAAGCAGGCCGCCGAGAGCCAAAUGUAGGCAGGUACGGACACUUAAAGAAAACUCACGAGGAGUCGUUCGGUGGAACUUUUACAAGCAGCGAGGGAGCCUCCUUUUCGCAGUCGACAGAUUCCUUCACCUUGGUGGCCUUUGAGAAGCUGGCCGCGGCCGAGAUAGAGAGCGCUGCCGAGAGAGGCUUUGCGUCCCUCAACGACAGCGGAUGCCCGAGCAUAUCGUCUCUCGACCUUUCACCUCCACAUCACAUGUCUGGCGACAAACCCGGAUCAAAGUCGUACUCCUUUGCUGAUGAUGUCAUGUACCAACGGGAGCAGACGGUAGAUGACGUGUUUGUGUACGAUCAGCAGGAAAAGGCUGGCGUUGACAGUUUGGAGCCAGAGCACAGAGAUGAACUCGCUGAGCAGGGAGGAACCCUGGGAGAGAAUAACAAUGUCACAGAAGAAAAACUUGCAGAGGAUCGAAAGCCCACCUGGAUGGAAAAAGCUAUCAACAAGGCUCGCGAUGUGUACAGCUCCGUAGAACAAAAAUUAAGGAGAAGAAAAAAAAGGUCUCGAGCUCAAGAUGGAGGGCUGGAUGACACAAAGGACGAGGCUGACCCCGCCAGUUCUUCAGGAUCAGAGGAGGAGGACAGUGCUGACGACAACGAUGAAACGCAUCCUAGCGAUGAGGACAAGUGGGCGUGGCCAAGUGACGGUCAUGAUCAGACAGUGCAACCUCUCCGCGCAGCAGCCUUUGAUGGUGAUGCGGGUGAUGAUGAUAAAGCAGACCUACUUCAAGUUCACAGGGUCACGGCAAGACCGCAGCUACAAAGGGUACCUUCUCUGUCCUCUGAAUCAGAAGUGAACUUGUUCUCAGGCGACAGUCGAGACGAGGAGUAUCCAGACUACAAAGUCGCGUGUCUAAACGAAGCAAGUUCAGACAGUUCUUCAAAAAGCCCUGCAGACUUCGAAGACAGAAGCAAAGAGAAAGAAGGCAAUAACAUUUUUGACCAAGUAAAGUCUGAAGCUAUUUCAACUUUAGACAUGAGAUGGAUGAGUGACGAGCAAGACGAUAAAGAUGGGCGGGAUCGAGAAUACACACCUAAACAGCCAGUUCCUGACCCAGGUCUUGAGCCAGCAAUAAGUCCUCCUCAGUUUAUGGAAGAAACUGUUACUUCUGGUACUGAAGGCAAAGAAGGGCAACCACAAGAUGUCCCACAAGUAAUUCCAGCAGCACUAUCCGAAAAUGAGGAUCACAUAGAGAAUUUCGGGGCUCUCCUGGUCACACAAAGUCUGCAUCAAGCUGUGAAAGAGUUAGAAGCCGCAGGGAAAGUUUUUCCCAAAAAGAGGCUCUCCACUGAGGGAUAUGAAGACGAAGAAGAAGAAACCACAGAAGAUGAACUGAUCGGUGUUCAUGAGGUGGAUGCAGAUGAAGGGCUGGUUGUCGAAGAUGAAAUGGUCAAUGUUCAUGAGACAGUCACAGAAUACGAACCUUUUGUUGAUGAGGAUUCUAUCACGAAGUCAAACUUCGAGAAAAAGACUUUCGAAAAAGAUGAACCAAUAUGGGAGGAAGACAGAGUUGUCACGAAGCCUGAGCAAGUUGUCGAAAAAGAUACUUUCAUCGAAGAUGAAGAGGCCGUCGAGGAAGAGGAAAAUAUCAACGAAGACGAGUCACUAAUCGAGGAAGAUGUGACUGUCGAAAACAACACAGUCAUUGAGAGGAAGAUCGACACAGACAACGAGUCAGUUUCCGAGGAAGAAAAUGUCGGUGCAGAGGAGUUGGCUGCCGCAGAAGAGCUAGAUGACAGAUAUAAACAGGAGACAGAGGAGGAGCAAUCUUCACAGGACGAAGCGGAUUCUGAGAACGAGCCAGUUGUGGAGGAAACCUUGAUCGCCAUGCAAAGAAACCUGCAACACAGCUCUUUGAGAGAAACGCAAGUGAAAACAAACGACUUCACUGAAACGCUCGAUUCUGAGGCUUGGCUAGAGCCGAAAUCGUUCGAAAUAACACAAGAUAAGCAAGUUCCAUCAUCACUACAAGAGGAACACAUCAGGCGAGAUUCUCAUUCUUCCGUCGACAGCGAUUAUGAGAAGUAUUUCCCGCUCACAGACAGGGAAACCAGCCAUGCUGCUUUUUCUUACACUGCUGUGGCAUCUGCCGAAUUGUCUCCCUCUGAUGCCAGGUACGAAAAGGGUUUUAUUGUUGAAGAAGACCAAAAUUCUAAUGUCCAGAGUCCUUUGGGUGAAGAUUGGCAGGAGGUUAAUAAGUUUUGCGAGCUCCAGGAACAAGAAAUCGGCAAACACUCUGCCGAGCUGGACUGGAAGCACGCGCAGCCAUACUCUGCACGUGAUCAGGAGGCGGAGAGUGCCCGGAUGGUGAGCACUGCGCAGAUGACACUAUCCGCGCGAGCUGACACUGUGCCACAGAAUGAUGACAGCUCCACACAGGCAGGCUCCAUUCUGCCAGAGAGCCUCGACAUUUCAACUCAUACUGAAUUUGUGUCGACACCGAGGGCAGGCAGCUCAGCAAAGGCAGGGUCUGCUUUGUCAGAAAGUGAUGACGAUUCCACACCUGCAGGAUACCUUUUCCCAGAGAACGACGACAGCCCCACGAGUGCACCCUUCACUUUGCCACUCACUCCUAAAAUCCCAGAAACGGAAGUUCUUUCUGACUCUCUCACUCCUGACUAUGUGAAGUAUGUUGAGAUCAGACAAGAUGAGGAAACUUCUUCCACCAGCACCAACAGCAGUGACGAUGAAAUCGUACUUCCAGUAAAAUCGCCGCGACUGCUGCUUCAAGCAAACAUUCAGAAUAAAGAUGUUACUUCCUUUGAAAAUGAUAAUCGUGUCUUUGUCAGUAGUGAACAGUCGGACCUUAGUCUUCAAAGAGAGGAUGAGAUUACUGAACAACGGCUGUCUUCAGGACUACAGUGCGGCACCACUUACUUGGGUCAGGAAAUGUUUCAGACAUUACCACAAAGUCAGGACAACAGCACUGAAGAUGAAAUUCUCGAAGAGUCAGAUAGCAAACUUCAAGCUUCAAGUGCCAGUGAAACUGAAAAUCUGAUGUUGGACAACAGAUGUGAAAGCAGACUGUCACUGCACAAGGAUGACUUCUAUCAAAAUGGCGCAUCCUUUGAAUCCGUAGAGAAGGUGGAAGACGAGGACACUAAUGAUACGACAGCUCGGACUAAAUCCUUUGGAGGCGGCGAGGAAAUUAGGGAAGAAUUGCUUUCACCAGACUAUGCCCAAGAAACCUCCGAAUCGUUCAGGAGUCUUCAGCUACGGAUCUCAUCCCCAGUCUGGCAGGUGCAUACCAACGAAGCUCAGUCGCAGGAUUUUUGUACUUCUACACCUCGCACUGAGACGGCCUCUCUCUCUCCUGAGACAUUUUAUUACACAUCAAGGGAAACGAUUCAGGACAGGCAGGUGCAGGAGAACUUUGACUUGUCAGAGUACCCGGAUGUAGACGUUAAGGCCGACGAACGUUCAAGUGAGCUUCAAGAAGGAGAGAUAAAACAUGAUAUAAGUGAUGAAGAUGUGAAAACUGAACGGUCUGUUCAAUAUGAUGAAUCAGGAAGGCAUGACGAGAGCUACAUCGGCGCCGAGAGCUUGAUUCUGUAUGGACAGGACAAGGAGGUGAACAGUCCCGCAGAAAAUGAAGAUGAAAAGCAGUCAGAGAGCUCUUUGCCUCGUGAAGAAUCAACUCAGAACAGGGACAGCGAGAACGAAGAAGUGGUAGCUGACAGAUCAUUUGUGAAUGACGAGAGACAAGCCAAAAACUCGGUUGAGAAUGAAGAAGGGCGGAUACAAAUGUCUGAGAAACCCUCAGCGACUAAUUAUUCAUCGGAACCAGUAGAGUUUUCAUGGCAAUAUGAUGUUUUAACAGGGAAACGAUCGUCAUUUGAGACAAAUGCUGACCUUCUACCCGCUGUCAGCUACGAAACCUCGCUGGGAGCUGCACGGGUGGAAAGUUCCCCAGACGUAGAUGAUGAUCAGAUCGAUGAUGCUGAGUUCCAGGCUCUACCACGACAGCCUCACCAUUACGACAGCAGUCCUGACGACUUGCUUUCAUCGGUGGACGAGGAACCUGAGGGCAAUCUGAGCGAUGACAGUAUUGAUGAAAAAGAAGAACAGUCACAAGCCAGUAGAUGGAGGGUCAGCAGAUAUUCUGAGGAAGAUGCUGCUGUGGGAAAGAUUAGUGGAGACGCAAGCGACACGAGUCGAGAGACUGAAAUUCAGUCGAGAGACUUCUACCAUGAUCACGAUGAAGAAAAUGAAAUGUUUAUGUUGGCUGUUUCUACUGAUCUUGAAACCAAACCACCCGUCAGAGAGGACCACACCCACAAAGUGGAAGUAGAGGCUCAUGAAGCCUCGUUCAACCAAUGGAACGUCACUUCUGUUGGUCCUCAACGGGUGGAUGACUACGACGAGGAAUGUGAAGAGGAAGUCAUGCAAAAACAAACAGCUGUGUCAGAGUUGUCUACUCAGCACGACGAUGAAGCCUACGAGAGAGGUGAAGAUGAAGCAGAGGAAGAGACGAAGAAUAGUGAACGGAAACAGCUUGACCUGGGUGAGGUCACGCCGACAUGGUUCCACGUGAAAGACACCUUUGCGACCUCCUUUGAUUGGGAGAAGCAGGAGCUGAUCGCUGGCGACACGUUCGUGGAUCCUAAGGAUCCCGAUGCAGAAAAUCUUAAAGCUAUUCCAGAAGCUUUGCACAGACAGGAAUUUGAGUCAUCAGUUUCGGGCAUUUCGGAUGAUGAAGAUGAACUGGCUGCAGGUUCGAAACAGCUCGCCGAAUCCGACAGAGAACGAGAAGACAGCGGUAAAGAAGAGGAGAGCCACGAAGACGAGUUUGCCGCAGCAGUGUCGCUUUCUGAAGAAGCAUCGGCGCCGACCGUGGAAGGUCAAGAUCAAGAAUCGAAGGUUCCAGAAACGUGGGUAGAAGCGGAAGCAUCUGACAUGGCCUCGGAUGCUGGUGGGACUCAGCGGACUUCGCAGUUUGCAACUCCAGAGACAGAAGAAGAAAUGGUGAAAUCUUUCAGAGAUGUUACAUACCUGACUCGGACAGACUCGGCAGAAGAUCACAAUGAGGAACUCGUCAGCAUGCCAGCCCCUGAUGACGUCACAAGCAGGCCGGCCAUAGAUGAUGACACGUAUGAUGAGGUCACAAACAUACCAACCGUUGAAGACCAGUCGUCGUUUGACAGCAUAUCUCACAAACCUAAUAUCUCCGAAGAAAGUGAAUCCGGACAACAGGUCACGGAAGGCUCUGAGGGUCAACCCAUUCCAAACGUCACAGAAGACCUUCAGUCUGGUGACAUCACGCACGCGCCAGACAUCGCCGAAGCGGGCAGAGCUGAUGAUGUAAUGUCCGUGGAAAACGGCGAUGAGAGCGAGCUGUUUGCCUCUACCAAACGCAUCGGUGACAGACUGACUUCCUUCACCAAGAUGUUCAAGAUCGCAUUUUCAGAGGAGCGACAGUCCACGGAUAUUCCCGAUGUGAGCGACACACUGAGUAAAGAGCCGUUGGAGCAGACGGCAACCUCCCCCACAAGCGAAUCCACAGAGAAAACACUGGAAUGUGACGAACACAGGCUGGAAGCUGAUCGGGAUGUCCCGUCGGAAGCUUUGUCACUGAAGCUGAAUCAGGUCCCCCAAGAACACAAUAUCCAACUCUCGGGGCACGUUAGAGAUAAUGAGGGUAAUUUCCCAGCACUAGAAGAGGAAAUGCAUGUGAAAGAAAAAUCUGACAUUGAUGAAAAACCCGAUUUCUGCGAGAACCUUGAGAAUUAUGACACUGUUUCUAUUCAGACCCAAGAAAGACAGGACGAAUUCAACAGCAACGCUGAAAGUUGUUCACAAGAGGAAAGGGCAGAAGAAAAUAGAAACUCUUUUGAUGCCGUUGCUUUCACUGGAUUCAUGGACUCUGAAGACACCCAUUCGAAGACAUAUGUUCUUCCAGCUUUACAAAAGGAUGACACGGAAAGCUGGACGUCCUUGCCUCAUGAUAUCAGCCAAACGAUGCCUAAGGAUGAAACAUUUGUAUCCGGUAUUGCUGUCGACUAUAGCGAAGACAACUUCUCAGACACCCGGGAUGUUGCUGUUCGAGAUGAAUUUUCAACUGGGAGUGUAGACGAUGUAAUGAUUUAUCAGACAGACAUGUUGGAGGAGACAUACCCAUCCGACCGCGAAACACGGUUUUCUCCAACGGAUGACGAAAUGCGGGUGAGGGAAAGAGAAUCGUUUGAGGUAAACCUUUAUAUUAUCAGCGAUAAGCAGUCUGAUGAAGGGCAAGAUUCUCUGAGCAGAGAGAUGGUCUUGGGAGACCUUGCCGAGGAAAAGCUUCUUUUAAAACAAGAGAAAGAAAUGUUUGAUGAGAGGCUGUGUUCAGAAGGACAGCUUCAAGAUUCCUCCAACACUGCCAGACAGGAUCAUAUAGCUGUGGACAACGACGAGUUGACAGGUUCAAGUCUGGAAGAUGGUGCUGCGGAGAUGAGACAAAGUGAGAUGAGCAGUCCUCAUCAGUACAUCGAAAGAGGUUUUGACUUUGCCGAAGAUGAGGAUAGCUCUCUGAAGGCGAGUGAGGAACAUGAGAGGAGAAGUAUGGAAGAGGACAGUCCCUGGCAGCAACAGUCUGACUCAGAUUCACAAAUUCUGACAGAAAAGUUGUCCCUAUCUUUACUUCAAGAACAUACUGAGGUGUCUGUGAAGGCAUCUGAUGUUGAAGUGGAAAUCGAACCUCCAGUGUGGAGAACGGAAGCCAGUCAAUCAGAAAGUAGCCUUGCUUGGAAGAAUGAUGUUGAAGAUACUACGAGAAAAAGUAGUCCUAUUUACUCAGAUGAAAGUGAGAGGAAUUCUUUAGACCUUGACAAAGAGCAUGACGACAUUGUCGAUGACUAUGAAGGUUUUACUAAACGGUCGGAAGAUAUUCAGAGAUAUAAAGAUGAACAUGAAGGAACUGAAGAACCGAGUCGACCAGACAAGACUGAACCUGUCGAGAGCAGCAACUUUGAAAAGAGACACCAGGAAGAUGUCGACAGCGAAGUUGAUGAUGAACUCGACGAAGAAAGCGAUCAACAGCUAAAAGACUCGGAGCGGGAGGAGAUCGCCAGCAGAUAUGAGUGGCUUCUAAAAGGAUCCCCAUCAUUUUCUUUAGAACAGGCUGGUGACGAGCGGAAAGAAUACAAUUUCGUGUUUCCAGAAGAUUCCACUGAAUCUGUCAGUUAUUCAAGCACACAGGAAGUCAAAGAGACUUUCUAUAUCCAGCAGCGGUCUGCCUCACUGGAGGCUGAAAGAACUGAAGAAAAGACUGACACAGAUGUCGAGGGUCUGAUGGUUAAUGAUACAGAUGAGAGAUCCGAUGACACAUCUGAGAGGACUGUCGACUAUAGCGGUUCUCAAGAGCUAGAAAUGUUAUCUCGAAAUUUGCCAUGUUCCAAUGAGCAGACAUUCUUAAAUGAAAGGUCAGAAAUGGUGUCGUCAAUGGUCGACGAUGAACAGUCAACAGAGAACCUGCAAAGACAAGAGAGUGUGAACAGUGACUCAGGUCUCUCUGAGCAAGCAGUGACCUUUGUUAGCAGUGAACGCAGAGAGUUUGCUCCGGAGACAGACAGUGAACAGCUUCGUGUUGAAAGGGAAAUAUAUUCCCAGGAGGUUGCACAUUCAUUUAGGACAGAAUUAGAAGAAAUAGUGUCAGAUGUCACUGCCAGCUCGCCUGAGACGAGUUUUAUCCGUACUACUCCUUCGUUCGCCGACGAUAAACAGGAUUCAAAUGAGGAGGAGGAGGAUCUAGAAGACAGGCACAUCACUAAGAGCGACCUUUACCUACAGAACGAUGACGUCCCCGAACGGACUUAUCUUUUCCAGAUGCCAGACAAAUUUGACGACAAAGAAGAUGAAUAUAAUGAAACGCAGUCAGACCGUCGGUCUCCUGAUCUCCAGACAGAGGACAUGGAGAUGCUCAUGCGAGAAGCUUCCAUUCCUCAGAUGAUGGAGGCUCGUUCUGAAUGGGCUGAUUCUAAAAAAUCAUAUUCUAUGAGCUUGGAUAGCCUUGAAUGUGUCGAGCAAGAAGAAGACCAAACGGAAGGCGUUGUCGAUGAUUUAUUCGUCGAUGAUGUUCAAUAUAAAGGAGAAGACCACCCAGGAGACGCUAUCGUCGAUGAGGAAGACUUGCAUUCAGGUCGUGAAGGACCAGCUGAUGACGAGAUGGAUGACUUGACAGAUGACGAAGACAGUUUCGUGAGGUCCCGAGCAGUCGAAAGCGAGUCAGAUAUCACAUUCUAUCCGUGCGGCCAAGAGCUGAGGAUGGUUCAGAAAACAUCGAGCGAACCAGCAUCGGUCUCACUCGCUGCAGAACUGUUAUCUGCCUCUUCCCAGGGUCCCUUGUGCUUCUCUCCAGACGUCGAUAAUGAAAGUGGAACUCGAAUCUUCGGGCAAGAUCAGGUAGAGUCGAGAGAAAGUGGACUGGAAACCGAUCCCUCCACCCGGAGUGACCUUCACAAGAGCCAAGAAUUCUGGGAUUCUUCGUCAAGUGUCAGCAUGGCGACUUCUUCGGUGGACAGUCCAGCUUGGUCAAGCGAACUCAGGGAAAAUGUCCUGAGCUUUUCAGAAGACUCUGGACUGCUCAGACACAAAAUGACUGAGACUAAGUUAGUUGAUGAUAUUUUUGAGGGAAGAUAUGCACAGCUGAAAGAGGAAGUUUUGUUGAAAGACUAUCAUCAGUCAACUGAAAAAGAAAGCAUCUAUGAGGAUGAAAUCGUCCCGGUCAGAGUAGCCUCUCGAGAAAUGUCGCAAAUGGUAGAGGAUCAAAGUCUGUCUCCUGAAGAAGGAUGGGAACCGGAGGUCUCCUAUAAGCCUAGUCGGUCGUCUAGCUGCCUAUCUAAGAGUAGCAGCAUCUCGCACGAUUCUUUUGAAGAGAACGAAGUAUAUCAGAGAGACAAAUAUUCAUCGAAUGAAAUUUAUCAUCAAGAAAGGAGAAAGAGCAUCGACGAAGAAGAAAUCAUUCCAGUCAAACACUCGUCCCGAGAAACGAACUAUACUGCUGAAGAUAAUGAGCUUGUCUCUCGUACAGAGGGAGGCGAAUGUGAAUUAAAGGUAUCUGAGGAUCUGAGUAUGUCUCCAAUCAAUCUUCCUGUUAGUGUGGAAGCUUGGCAGAAGUCGUUUGAAGUCUCGUCCUCCAGUAAUAACAUGACUUAUGUCACGAAGAGUUCCCCCGUCUCCCAGUCACCACCCAGCGAACAGUCAGUCUUCCACCAGGAAUCAGAUAUUCGUCAACCUGCUUCUAGAAGCUCCGAGGCUUACCAGAGGUCGAGUUCUUCUUCCCUCGACGGCUCUCUGACACUAAGCGUGAGCCGUAUGAGUGCACAGUUUCAAGACCAUGGUGACCUUUCACCCAGCCAGACUCUCGUCUUGCCGAUGGUGGAUGCAGGGGCCAGCAGUGAGAGUGUCGUGCGCUUUGUGGCAGAUGACCAAGCAGUCUCGUUUCGACCGUCGGCAGCAGCAGGGUCAGCGCAGGGGACGAUCUGGGCGACCACCUCCAGCCACGACUCGCCAACGCUGAGAAAAGGUCGACAGGUGUCGGACGAUGAGACUACCUGGGAAAAGUUCGAUCAGGAUCACAAGCCCUUGAUCGGUGGCGAGGCCGUGAACGAAGACCCCGCCCUCCUUGACCAGGAGAAUCUUGACCCCAACAGUAUGCCGUUCGAACUCUUUAAGAAGAAGAACAAGACCAAAAGGGCAAAGGACAAGGAAGCCGAGGUCGCAGAAAAUGAGGUCACGGACAUCAUUGCCGAGCCUCUGACCCUUGCUGAGUCAAAGGAAACGUCGGUUCUAGUAGAAGAAAAUGUUGCCAACCAAACUUCUUCUAGCGAUGAGGGACUGACGGAAGUCGGCGAGAUGACGAUGAAGGAAGUUAAGAGCGAACAACUUUACAACGAAAUAUUCGAAUCAGCGGAACCAAAGCUUGACACAGAAAACCUGAUUCAAGAGACCUCCUUGGAAGACUCCCCAGCCGUCCUCCCCACCGAUGAUAUCACUGACCCCGUGACAUCAACGGAAGAAGAGGGCCCCCAGCUCUCCGUUGAAGACGCCAUCAACGCGCAGCCAAACAAGCUCGAGGAUGUCGGGGUCGAUGGAAAGGGUCGAGAACGGGAAAGCCUUCUCCGCGACCACAACCCCGAGGGCUUGGUUUGCUGCACGAUUCUGUAGUGGCCUCCCUUUCUAUGGAAAGUCUGCAUCGCCCUUUGUAGUGACUCCCCCUUGCCCAUUCUUUCCUGUAACGUAUCUUUGGCGCAGUGCCUGAACAGUUUCGAUUAACCACACAAAGAAAAAAAUAUUUUGAAAAGAGAGAAACAGCUGCAUCAUCUGUGUAAAACUCAAACGCCACAAUAUAUCGAAACUUUUUUUUUUUGACAUUCAGGAGGUCUUUGCUUGAACCUGCAAGCGCCGCCUAAGCUGUCAGAACUAGCACGUGACCUGCUGAUGACGGGUCAAAAUGGGGGCCUUUACUCGUGCCUUAACCUCACCUUGCUCUUUUGAGUUUUAAUUGGUGCCUUCUCUUAAUGUCUUGUUCUUGAUUCUGUGAAAACAAGCAAGAUCGUGUAUGCAAUAGACUUAGCAAUAUCACCAACGGUCGUUGGAAGAAGAAUUUUAAUGUAUUUAUAUUUCUAAGGAGUGGCCUUUGAAAAUAAUCAGCAAUCUUUACAAAUGAAUUAUUGAAGUAACAGCAGCCGAAAUAAUACACUGCACCUAGAAAAUAUCGUUUACAUUCGUGCUUGUAUUGUCACAAUUGCGGUUAAGGCUCAUCCCCAAGAUGCCAAAAUUAAUCAGUAUUUCUUUUGUUUUAUCUGUUGAUAAACGUAGCUAGCAAACAUCUUUCAUCGCCAACGUUUUUUUCCUUCACUUCCAGCUCAUGGUCUUUUCUUCGUGGUUCUUUCCACCUUUUUCUUUCUUUUGUUCUGUUCUUUUUUAUUAUUAUUAUUCAUUUCUUUCUUUUCUUUCUUGUGAAUAUUCUUCCUCUCUAGAUUAUUGAACGGGAUUUUGAAAACUGACUUAUAUCUAGCAUCAAACUUUGCAGACAUUUGUUUUUACUUUCAUGUCUGCUAGCCUCAUCACUCUCUGUCCCCUGACUGAACAUAGCAAUGAGGAAUCUCAUUCUUGUACACUGAUGUAGUAUGGUUAGUCUUUAAGCGAUCUGGCAUGGUCAAACCUCUGUAACUUGUAAGUCCUUUUGUAAAAUAUAAGCGAUUUAGCGUGGUUACAUCUUUGUAACUUCAAUAAUCUAGUACGAUUCAAUCUUUGUAGUAUGGUCAAAUAUUUGUAAUUACACUGUAAAGAGUAUUUUUUAAUUCAUUAGAGAUUACUGUCUAGAUGAGAAUAUCGGCAAACAGAAUGGAUCGCGCAUCCAAGACGCCCAGCUGUUGAUUGUACAUUGGUAGCCAUCUUCUUCACUUCUUCAACACAGGGAUGUUCACAUGGUAAUAGUAAGAAGGGUUGGGCAACGGGCCCUUUAAAAGUUGUGGGAGCAAUUCGUUUUUUUAACGUGCUGUUUGACAGCCCCCCGAAAAAAAUCAGAGGACAUGUUCACAUGAUGUAUUGUUGUAGUCUCAUCGUUUUCGCCAUCUGGACUAGCCAAUCGUCUACCAGUGCUAGACAUUUUAUGUUUCGGUGAUCAUGUCCACACUCUGCGUGUCCCCUAAUCUGGAAAGUCGGCUUUGUACUAAACAGUUUCAACGGUCAAACGCUGAAAUGAACGAAAAGGCUCGUUUACAGUUUUACACAGAAGACUGCAUGGUUAGUAAAAGCAUGUGAAAAAGUCUAUUGGUGUUAUAAUAAUGCAGCUGUAGACUAUGCAUUUUUCAUCAGACCCCAUAAUAUUUUAGUAUAGUUGUCAUCAACGCAUGUUUCUCAUGCUUGUAAUUGAGCUUCAUUUUUUUUAAGUCAUGUUGUGGGAUUUUAAGGUGAUGUUAAAACCGGAAAUUUCUGAUUUUGAAAUAUUAACUUUCUCGUUUGAAAUAAUUUAUUUGUCAGAAAAUAUGUCCCAACCAGUUUUUUAAACAGUCAUGAAGUUUUGACAAAAGAGAAGGGAAGGCCUUAGAAAGUUUAUUCCCUCCGACAAACAUUGUUUUAAUUGACUAAAUUUUUUUGUUGUUCUUAUUGCUGGGAUUCGUAUAAAAAAAUCAUAAUUAUGAAGAAUGAUGACUGUGAAAUGGGAUUUUCAGGAACCGAAUUUCAAUUAUGCAGUUGAUAUGUCUGUAAAAAAUAGUACUUUCAAGCAUUUAAUGCUUCACAACUAUUUUUUUAUAAUUUUAUAUAAUGGUUUUCAAAAGAAGACUUUGGCAGUGUGAUUUUUCAAAAUUUUUUUGAAACAGAAUGACUACGAGGUAGUAAGAUACGAAUUAGUUUACCACAAAAUAUUUUUAUCUAGCACUGCCGAAACUGGUCAGAGGGUUUUUGUGCUGCUGAUUAGUGUAUACAAUAUGUAUAGAAUAUGUAUAGAAUAUGGUCCUUGCUACAAAAGCCAUAUGUGGUUCUGACUUCUAUGAAAUAUCUGUUUGAAGUGCUUUUUGAACAGUGGACAGAAGUGCCAAGUCCUCAUCUAUUAGUGCAAUGUGUGUAAGCAUGCUGAGGUGUUUCUAUGCUCUGACCGUGAAAAAUAUCUUCUUGCCUUUGAUAAUGUUACCUGGCUUGGUCCUUAGAUAUGCAUAUUGCAAUAUGGCUGUUGUUCCCCUUUUGUGAUUUGUAGAUAUGAAGACAGAUCUUUAGCUGCCAGAGAGAGGGGAAAAGGUGUUUUCUAAUUCUCUGGCAUCGCCAUAUGAAGUGAAAGGUUUCAAUGAUGAGACAUUGCUCUUUAGAUUUUCACUGCCUCAUUUCAGGAAAUAAUCAAUGUUAAUAAAUUCAUUCAUUUAAACAAUAAACUGACCAAAAAAGUAAUAAUCCUUUAAUUAUAUGCUAAAAAGCCUUUAUAUUAAAUGGAUGUUUACUUUCAAUUAUUCGUAGUUACACAGGCGAGAAUGUAUUUUUCUUGUCAUCUUUUUUGCAUGCUAUACACCAACUUCUGAGUUUUGCUUCCAGUUCAGUGUAGUGAGAAGGAUUUUGUGUAAUAAGGAUGAGAUAUUGUGAUAUUCAUUGGUGUGGCCAGCUAGCCUCUCUUCACAUAUUUUCAAAAAAUAUUUUCCUGUGAACCUGUGAAGCCUUUUGACCUCACCUCUGCAUGAGUCCCCUGCUGGCUUGAGCUUUUGGUGCAGGUGUAGAAAUAAACAGAAAACUUCU